UAAUAGCACUUCAAAGGAAAAUUUGUUAAGUAUUGACUUAGUCUCCUUGAGGCUUUCUCUUCUGUGUCUUGUAACAUCCAGAAAUAGAGUGGCCUUUUUUUUGAAUCAAGAUGAACCCAUUCAGGGCUGAUAUACUUUUUCCAUUAGUAAGCAGUAAAUGCCUGUCUGUGCUUUACUAUCAGUUCCCACCAGCACCUGCUUACUGAGCACUCACACACUACUGUCAAUGCCAGAAGCUUCUGCCUCACUGUUCUUCAUGUAAAAUGACACAGAAACCAUCUUAGGUUCUGAAGUCUGGUCCUCUGUGUAUCAUGGUGCAUUUUGCCUCUAGUUCAGAGGUACAAACAUGGAAUUCCUGGGAGCUCACCUUGCUUUUAGGUUCCGUUGGCAUAAGACAGACGAAGAGCUAUGCAGACAUAGCAUGUCAUUCGUUCUUCACAAGGCCAUAAGCACAGAUUUCUUUGAGAGCUACCUUUACUUGUUUGAAAGACAACCUCUAGUAAAUCUCUAUGCUCUGACCAGUGAAGUGAUUGAUGGUGAGAUGCAGUUUUAUGCCCGAGCCAAAAACUUCUAUAGAGAUGUACCUGCAACUGAAGAAGGCAUGAUGGGAGGUUUCUCUGAACUCACUAAUAUUGACACAGAAUCAUCAAGGGAGUUUCUGAGAAAGUUUGUAGGGGGCCCAGGAAAAGCUGGCACUGAUUUUGCCCUUGACUGUGGUUCUGGAAUUGGAAGAUUAAGUAAAAAUGUCCUUCUGCCAGUGUUUAGUAAUAUUGAGCUGGUUGACAUGAUGGAGCCAUUCUUAGAAGAAGCACAGAACUAUCUGGAGGAAGAAGUUGACAGGGUGGAAACUUUAUACUGCUACAGCCUGCAGGAUUUCUUCCCACCUGUAAGAACAUAUGAUGUCAUCUGGAUGCAGUGGGUGUCAGGUUACCUGACUGAUAAAGAUCUUCAAGAGUUUCUUAUCCGCAGCAAAAAUGGAUUGAAAGACAAUGGAGUUAUUAUUUUAAAAGAUAAUGUAGCUAGACAAGGCUGUAUCCUGGAUCCUACUGACAGCAGUGUCAUUAGGGAUAUUCACAUCUUAAGGAAUAUCAUUGAAAAAAGUGGGAUGUCCAUUCUUGCAGUGGAGAGACAGUCGGGCUUUCCAGAGCUUUGCAUUCCUAUAUGGAUGAUUGCAAUACAAUAGCACAUGGUAUGAAUGUGCACUAGUCUAAAAACUGUGUGCUGAAUUGGCUCUAUCAAGGAGGAUAAAGAAAACCCCUAUAGGGACCUUGCAUUACAAAUGCUGAUUGCUGGUGAUGGUGCAGACAUACAGUAUAAACAUUACAACAAUCUAUGCAGAAUAAGAGCCUUUUGCCUUGAAAUGUGUUCUAUGGUAAACUUGUACAGAAUUUUAUAUCAUAACUUAGUACAGUUAAGCUAUUGUGGUUGAGAACUUUGUGGAGCUAAAGUUAUUAUUAUUGU